AUGGUGAAAUCAUACGACAGAUAUGAAUUUGAAGACUGCUUCGGCAUCGUUAAUUCAAGAACGUCCAACUGUGUUUUCCUUAAUUACAACAACAUUUUAUCUGGACAUGACGAAUGUGUGAGUGUAUGGAAUGUGAAUGAAAAGGAAAUAAAAAAAAAAUUAACAGUUCCUUUUGUAGCUCCUUACUAUUUUUUUUCCUAUCAUGUAACAUAUAUCUGUAUAAAUGAGAAAAAUAAAAAUAUAAUAGCAGUUGGAUACAUGAAUGGAUCGAUUAGAUUAUUUGAUAUAGAAGAGAAUAGAAUAGUGUCCACCUUUACUGGUCAUACAGCAACAAUAUGUAAGUUAAAAUUUAACAAGGAUGGUAAUUAUUUAUGUUCUUGUAGUAAAGAUACUAAUAUUAUAAUAUGGGAUGUAACUAAUGAUAAAGGAAUAUUUAAAUUAGAAGGACAUAGUAAUAUUGUAACUGAUGUCGAAUUUUUAAAAAUGAGAAAUGAUUAUGUAGAUGAUUUUAUUAGUAACAAUUUAUUAAUUAGUGUUUCAAAGGAUUGUUUAAUUAAAGUAUGGGAAUUAAAUAUUCAAUCAUGUGUUCAGACAGUAGUAGACUGUGAAGAGGAUAUUACUUGCUUAAUAGUAAAUGAAACAAAUACUAGGUUAAUUAUUGCUUGUUUCUCUUUUUUAAGAAUAUACAAAAUAGAUUUGUAUUCUAAUAUAAAAGAUAAAUUUACAAAUUGCAUUGUUUAUAUUACCUUCUUAACUAGUAUUAAGAGGACAAAUAAUUGCAGGAUUUCUAGCAUGAAAAUGGUCUUCUGUAUUGAACAUGAAGCAUAUUUGGAGGAAGGGCAGAAGGACAGCUUUUUCCUCUCGUUGGAUAAUGACUGCCACGAAGGGGGAGCAAACGAUGAGAGCGGCUUCAACGGCAACGAUGGUAGUAGUGGUACUAAUGCAAACUUCUGUCGUGGUGGAAUCUGUGGGGGAAGAGAAGACGAUGCAGUGAAUGUAUUAGCAGAAGACAAAAAUACCCUUAACUUUCUGAAUAACACCCUAAACCGCUCUGUUAAGUUUUGCAGCAGAUCCAGCUACUGCUCAGAAGGGGAUAACAGCGGAAUACUCGUAUGCUGCACGAAUUCAAAAAAAAUAGAAAUAUAUAAAAUAAAUUCUGUAAAAAAUCAAAAAAAAUCAGAAAAGAACAGGAAAAAAAGAUAUGUAGAAAAGUUAAAUAAAAAGAAAAAAGCAAUCAUAAAAGAGCAAAAAAGAAUAGAGAAGUUUAAAGGAAAAAAUGCUAUUGAUUACAAUAAUUUACAACAAAAAUUAGAAGAAAUAGAACAAGAAAUAGAUAUUUAUAAAAAGUACGAAAUUCAUACAGCAGAUGAUGAAGUCAAAUAUUUAUUUUAUCACAACUGUAAAUUUAAACUACAAGAUAUUGACAUUUACAAGAAAAGGAAAAAGGACAAUUAUGUUUAUUUCCUCGUUUCAUAUAGUUCAAAUCGUUUGCACAUAUUUCAGGUGAACCUUUUUGAUAUUUUGAAUAAUAGAGAUAUUUUUCUUGUUAUGAACGAGGGACAAGGGUUGCAGGAAGGUAUUUCUCCCAGGGGGGUAGAAGUGACUAGUGAGGGGAGGGAAUGUAACAAGGGGGAGAAGGAGAAAAAGGAAGGGGAUGAAGAGGAGGAGGAGCAGCAGCAGAAGCAGAAGCAGCAAAUGUAUGAGGAAGAGGAAGAUAAGGAUGAGAGUGAGAACGAGGCUGAAGACGAGAGUGGGGAAAAGAAGGGAGAAAAUGGAGAAGAUGUAAUGCAUGGCGCAAAGAUUGUGGAAAAGAAAAUAUACGACUAUUCCAAGUGCUUCAAAGAAAUAUGCGAAAUAAAUAAAGGGCAUAAUAGCUCAGUUGAUUUUUUGAAAUUAUCAGAAAAUAAUGAGUUAAUGAUUUCGAUAUGUAAGAAGUAUGUAAAAGUAUGGAAUAUGAAAAAUUUUCAAAAUGUUAUAACAAUUUGUUCUGAAGGAUCUACUAGUGCUUUCUUUUUCCAUAAUGACGAGUAUAUAGUAAUUAGUAAUGAUACUGGAUAUAUUUAUGUAUAUGAAUUAAAAAAUAUUGAAUUAGUACAUACGUAUAAAGCGCAUGCAAAUAGGAUUAUUAAUCUGUGCAAGGAUUCGAGAAGUAAUGGUUUUUUGUCAGUAGGCGAGGAGAACUAUUUAAAAAUUUUUGAAUUUACCACAGGUGAGAAACAAGUGAGUAACAAGAAUAGUGAAGAUCAAAGUGGAGAAGAAGGGGGAAAUCCAAACUUAUGGAGAAGUAAGAAAAGAACAGAAGAUAGCGACACAGGGGAAGAAAACAGGGGAGGUAUUAAUGUGGGGAGAAAAAAGGGGGGAAAAGAAGGAGUAAGGGAUGGUAAAAGGGAAAAGGAAAGAAAACUCGGAAGUAGAAGGGGAACCACUGGCAAAGAGGAGAACAAAAUGGAAGAUGAAACUGAGGAAGAAAUGGAAUUUGAAGCGGAGGACAAAAUGGAAUUUGAAGCGGAGGACAAAAUGGAAGAUGAAACUGAGGAAGAAAUGGAAGAUGAAGUGGAGGACGACAUAUGUGCAGUGAUGUUCCAUGAAAGGGAGUGUUACAACUUGACGGACAAAGUAAGUUGCGCUAUGUAUUCUCCUAAUGGAAAAUACAUAUGUAUAGGGUAUCUAAACAAUUUAAUAGAAGUGUUGUAUAGUGACACGUUAAAACUGCAUUUAACAUUAUAUGGACAUAGUUUGCCAAUUACGUGUAUGGAUAUUUCGAAGGAUAACAAGAUAUUAGCAUCUGGUUCAUCAGACAAGUAUUUAUUUUUAUGGAAUUUAGAAUAUGGUAGUAUAAACAAGAGGUUGCAUAUAGAUUGUGAUGUAUUAACGAGAAUUCAAUUUUUUUAUGAACAUAAUAAUUUAAUAAGUAUAUCAAGAGAUGGAUAUAUAAAGAUGUGGGACUGCGUAAAAUUUCAAUGUAUUUGUACUGUAGAUGGGACUUUUGGUACUUUAACAUCCUUAGUAAUUAGUUCAACCGAUGAUUUUUUUUUAACUUCUGGAAAUUUCAAGAGUAUUAGAUACUGGAAAAGAGGAGAUGAUUUAAUAUUCUUAGAAGAAGAAAGAGAUAAAGAAUUGAAUUUACAAAUAGAAAAGGAAGCACUUAGAAAUGAUUUAUUAUAUCCAUCUUCUGUAGAGAAAAAUGUAUUGCUAAAUAAAGCUACAAUUAAAACCAUUGAAACUAUUAAGUCAUCAGAAAAAUUGAUAGAAUAUUUAGAUAUUAUUGAAGAAGAAUUGACUUUAUUAGAUAUCUAUUACAAAAAUUUAACAGCGUAUGAAGAAGCAAAACAAAAAAAUGAACUCCCAGAUUUUGUACAAGCACCAAAUAAACCAAAACCUAGACCAGAAUUAUUACAUAAAAAUCCAUUUGAAUUUAUAAUUGAAGUUAUGUGUAAUAUUAAAAAUAAUAUAUUAAAUGAAGUCUUAAUAUCUUUACCUUUUUCUUAUGCUUAUAAAUUGUUAAAUUAUAUUAAAACGUAUCUUAUCGCUUUUUACUUUUUUCAAAAAAUUCAAGAUAAUUACAAAAAAUUUAUCGCAUGUGGAAAUUUUAAUUUCCAUGUAGAAUAUUCAAUAAACAUCGUUUUGUCAAUUAUAAAUAUUUACAGAAAUCAGUUCUUAUUCGACACCAAAUUUAGAUUCCUCCUUUAUGAGUUGCAUCAACUUAUUACGCCUCAUUUGAAAAAGUCAGUAGAGCAAUGUUCCUUUAAUCAGACGACUCUGGAUUUUUUGAUAAAUUCGUUGGACAACGACGGUUAUGAUGAUGACAAUGAGAGUGAAGAUGAUGUGAAUGACGAUGAUGUGAAUGACGAUGAUGUGAAUGGCGAUGAUGUGAAUGGCGAUGAUGUGAAUGGCGAUGAUGUGAAUGGCGAUGAUGAUAACGACGUUAUCGAUGAACUAUAUCUGAAUGCACAGUUGCAGAGGGAUAAUCUGUCUCGUUAUAAACAAAAGAGAAGAUCAAGGAAAAAUUUUAAAGCUGAAAAGGGGGUACGCAAGAAGUUACACAUUAAUGGAUCAUUAAGGGGGUCUGAUGUAGCACGAAAAGCGGCAAAUGAAACGGGUGGCGAGGACGACAAAGAAACAGAAGACGAGGAAGACGAAAUAACAAACGGUGCGGAAGAUGAAAUAACAGACGGUGUGGAAGAUGAAAUAACAGAUGGUGCGGAAGAUGAAAUAACAGACGGUGCGGAAGAUGAAGAUAAGUAA